GGCCUCCUGCCUGGGAGUUCUGGACCCGGCCGCGCGUGACUGGCGCCGCGCUCGAGCGCCACAAGCGCGCGCCCGGGCCAGUGACAGCCUCGGGGAUGGAUUGUGGCUCUGUCUCGGGUGAGGGGCCGAAGAACCCACCAGACCGCCGGCGGCUUCUGUUCUUCCUACUCGCCGGCCGCCACGGAAGCCUAGGCGGCCGCGGCGUUCCGGCACGCUGCUGCCUGUCUGCAUUCCCGGAAAGUCGAGGGGCGCUGGGCCCCCGAGCCCCAGGGGCCCGCGGCGCCUCCCGUGCCUCCGCACUGCUCCUGCUGGUGCUGGUGCCCUCCCCACGUCUGGCCGCCGCAGCCCAGCGACCACUAGGAGACUGGGAGCGCUUGCGCCCGGAAACCUGGGCUCCCCCAGCCGCUGGCGGCUGCAGCGCCACACGGAGGGGCCAACUGGGCCCCGCCCUGGGCGUCGCUGGUGCCGCCCGCCCCCUCCACCUAUGCCAAGCCCGGGUGCUAGCCCUCGCUUCCUCGAGGAGAGACCUAAGCCUCUCUGCUGGGCGCCCACAGCUGGAGCGCAGACACCGAGAUUUCACCUCUUCUGGGAGUAAGAAGCUCUACUUUGACACCCAUGCCUUAGUGUGUUUACUGGAAGAAAAUGGGUUUACUACUCAACAAGCAGAAAUCAUUGUAUCUGCCUUGGUCAAGAUCACAGAGGCCAACAUGGACAUCAUCUACAAAGACAUGGUCACCAAGAUGCAGCAGGAGAUCACUCUUCAGCAAAUAAUGUCUCAGAUUGCUAGCGUGAAAAAAGAUAUGAUUAUUUUGGAGAAGAGUGAAUUUUCAGCCCUCAGAGCAGAAAAUGAGAAAGUAAAACUUGAACUACAUCGGUUAAAACAACAAGUAAUGGAUGAAGUGGUCAAAGUCCGAACAGAUUCCAAAUUAGACUUCAGUCUAGAAAAGAGCAGAGUAAAAGAAUUGUAUUCAUUAAACGAAAGGAAGCUGCUGGAAAUGAGGACAGAAAUGGUGGCAUUGCACGCCCAGCAAGAUCGAGCCGUCACCCAGACAGACAGGAAGAUCGACACUGAGGUUGCUGGCCUCAAAACCAUGCUCGAGUCGCACAAGCUUGAUAAUAUUAAAUAUUUAGCAGGGUCUGUAUUUACAUGCCUAACAGUAGCUCUGGGAUUUUAUCGCCUGUGGAUAUAAUAAAGUGUCUAUUUAAAGAGAGUUCUAUUAUUUUGCCUUAAGAAUACCAGAUUGUUGUGCUUUUUCCCUCCCAUUUCAACUUUUACCCCUGUUUUUCAUUGAAUGCACAUUAUGUAUUUUAUACAAAUUAUGGACCUGUAACCAAGGCAAAGAAGUCAGGAACUUCAUAAUUGCUCCUUUCGUCCUUUCUGUUCGGUUGACUUCACAAUGCUGAGUGGUGGUGGACGAAGCAUGGAUGACUCCACCAGCUGGAUCAGUGAACUUGGCCUAACCUGGGGGACAUACCAACAGUAAUUAUUUGUAUAACUCUACAGUUUUGUCACAUAGAGGACUCGGGGUGACAUUUAAAAGGCACAUUGGCUUUACUAAGUGCUGAAGAACUGCUGAAACUAAUCCAGGAGCACCAAAUCCUCUUUGCCUACUGCCCCAGCCCUUAACAUCAGUCAGCCUCUGUGCAGCAGUGCUGUGUUUCAGCUCUAGCUGGUUCACCUGUUCAUAGUGGACAUACUUUACAUCCAAAGGAGCUUUUUCUCUUUUAAUUUCCAUUGUCUACAUAAGGUACUGUUAUGGUUAUUUUUUAUGUGCCUUCCAGCUAGAAAAUCUUGUUGCCUAAUGAAAUGGUUCAAUUGUAGUAGGGACUCUUGUACCUCUAGGUUUCUCUUCCUCUGUCCCUCUCACUUGGUCAUUGUUCCUUUCCCUCAUAAUUUGAGCUAUAAUAAUACUCCACUUGUGGCAGUGCCUGCAUAGAAAACUUGCUAUUUCUCAGUGUGGAUGGCUACUCCAGUUUGUGGGAUGGGGUGUACUUCCUUCUGGUCUUCUGCUCUUUAUAGAAGGGAGGUAGUCUGUUUUGUUCUGUAGCAACAUCUAGACUUAGAUAGUGUAUGCACUUUUUAGAAAUGUCUUUAAUGAAUAUGCGUUUGCACAUUACAAGCUCAGGUCAUAUGCUUUCAGAAUGGGAGAACUGUCAUGCCAGAUAUCUGAGUUUAGGUUGAUUUCUUUAGCUGUUACAGAUAUUCUCAUUCUUACUUUACUUCUAUAUUUAAAACAAAUAAAUUCCUACAUACAACUGGGGUUACUUUGGAAAAGCACCUUCUCAUCUUAUUUGAGUGGCUGGCAGGUAAGAGAAAAGAAACAUUUCAGAAAAGACGACAUUGACAGGACCUUUUCCGUCCUCCACAUGCACACAUCCGAACAUCAUCUGGUACAGUGGGGACACCGCACAGGGGCUUCCUGACCAGACGGGUGGGCUGAAUCCACAGGCACCGUUCCAACCACACUGGCAAGGCAAAGUUGCCUUUUGUCCUGUGGGUAUCAUUUCUAAACUGGAAAGUGUAGGUCUUUGUCUUUUUGGAAAACAUUUAUGUAGCACAAAGAUUCUGAAUUCCAAGUAAGCGUGAAAAUCAAGUACUUUUGCUUUAGUGGUAUCAGUUUCAAAGUUAUUAAUUUAAUCUUUUCCAACUAAAUCCGAAAUUAUCUUAGCUGUUUCACAAAAUAUUUUAUUGAUAUAUUCUUCCCCUUUCGGAGAAGGACCCCCAGAAAAUACUGUACAUUUAGCCAUUGCCUUAAGUACUAAAGACUUCUAGGUAAAUGGCAUCCCAUUAGGACCACAUUCGUGACUACUUAAUGCAGAUGUAACUGGUUAGUGGAGCUUAGAUGAAGGGCUUGGACUGCAGACACUCCUACCAAAUAAAGAACACCCAAGGGAGAAAGUACUAUAUAUAAUUAUGUUUCGAGGCAAACACUAAUUUGUGUAGGUUAAAAACAGCAAAGUGACCUUAUAUCCUGAUAAACUGUUUUUAAAAUAACAUUCGGGGGGUGACAUUCUUUUAUCUACCAAAAGUAUUCCAAAUGACAUUCCUACUGGUCAUAAAUGGGCUGCAUCAGUCCAUCACUCAAUCUGAGCCAUUGAUUUUGCUGUAGAGUUCUUGGCAGUACGAAACAGCCUUUUUCCCCUCCGCCUCAGGAACAAUGAACUCCCCUUUUGACGGAGUGGAUUGCAUGCUUACAUGGGGGUUAGGAGGGUUUGGGACAAUGCCUUAUUUGGUCAAACGUGUUCUAUUUAAAAAAUGUAUGAACCAAACAUACGUGUCCCCUUCCCACUGCUGGCCCAGAUGUCUGAACAGUGUAAGCGUGCUGUGCCUGGACACUUGCUGAGCUAUCUCAGCUUAGAAGGAUUCACAUCACUUUAGGAAAUUAAGCAUUAGCACUCAAAAGAGGAAAGAUGCCUGGAAAAAGUUUCAGAAAAUCUAUAACCAUAGCUAGAUCCUGAAAAUAUACCUCUCUAGGUACAAGUGCUUUAGCUACAAAUGCCUAAAGCAGAACAAGUUGACAGAAACUAUUCCUAGUCCCUCCAUUCUUCAGGGUUCCUCUGGGGUCCCAGUUUCUCCUCCCUCCGCUGCCCAUCGUCUUUUGAAAGAGCCCAAACUCCAAUUCAUUUCUUUCCUACCCCCUUAAUAAGCAAACUUGUUUCUGUGUAUGGUUCUUUACAGGAAACACGAAUUUUGGUUUCUGUGCUGGUCUUUCUCACCUAGUUUUCUAGCUUAAUAACUGACAACAAAAUCUGAAUGUAUUCAUUUUUUCCCUUAAGUAUGUCAAGUACCUCAGUUGAGAAGUCACAAAUUCAAGAAG